UCUGUUUCAUUUUUAUCAUCAAACACAAAAUUUAAAAAUUAUUUCUCUUUUCAUUUCUUUCAGGUUUGAUAUAUAGUAUAUAUAACUAUAUAUAGAUAGAAAGAUGUUAGGUGUGUUCAGCAGCUCAAUAGUAUCACCACCGGAAGAGCUGGUGGCUGCCGGAAGCCGUACACCGUCGCCGAAGAUCUCGUCAAAAGCGCUGAUCAACCGGUUCAUCGGAAGCAACGAGUCGGCGGUGUCGAUGCAGAUCGGUGAUGAUGCUCAAUUGGCCUAUACUCAUCAAAAUGAGUCCCUUACACGUCCUAGAUCUUUCGCGGUCAAGGAUGAAAUAUUUUGCUUGUUCGAAGGAGCACUUGACAACUUGGGUAGCCUAAAGCAACAAUACGGACUUUCCAAGUCAGCCAACGAGGUCGUUUUGGUUAUUGAGGCGUACAAGGCUCUUCGUGAUCGCGCUCCAUAUCCUAUAAACCAAGUUGUGGGUCACCUUAUUGGAAACUUUGCCUUUGUUGUUUUUGACAAGUCAACCUCUACUUUAUUUGUGGCCACAGAUCAACAUGGUAAGGUUCCUUUGUAUUGGGGAAUCACAGCUGAUGGAUGUGUUGCGUUUGCAAAUGAUGCUGAUUUGCUCAAAGGUGCCUGUGGCAAGUCACUUGCUUCUUUCCCACAAGGAUGCUACUACUCGACAGCAAUUGGAGAGCUCAGAUGCUACGAAAAUCCUAAGAACAAGAUCACAGCCGUUCCUGCAACCGAGGAAGAGAUAUGGGGCGCUAAAUUCAUGGUGGAAGGCCCAUCCGUAAUCUCAGCCACUCAGUAAACAUCUAUCUUUUUAUCCGGUUAUCACUACUUCCAUAACGACAACAUGUGAGGAUCCCAUCACACUGGAGCGCGACACCUUUAGUAGGAUGUUGUAUAGAUGUUUGGUCUUUUCAUUUUUUAUGGUUUUAGAGGCCGAGGCUGUAGUUUUCAGCUUAAUGUUGUUCUUAUGUGUACAGAGACAUAUAUCUUGCUUGUGUAAUAAAGUUUGGAUAGACAUAAAUGUAUAAUGUAUGCCUUUGAUCUA